AUGCUCUAUCCGCCAGUACGGCCGCCAGCUCCCCUCGGCGACAGCUCGUCGUCGACCUCGCCUCCAGACUCGGUCCUCAACCCCGCACCCGACGACGGCGACGAGCGGGUCGAUCACCAUCAGCAGUCGACCAGUCGCUCCUCGUCCUCUGCGCCCACCAUCAACGGCGACCGGCAUCCGACCCGCGUCGACCCCGAGAAGGCCGCCGCCCAGUUCGAGGACCUCCGUCGUACCCUGUCCCGACCGUAUUCGCCUCACCCUGUCGACCCGGAGAAGCAGGACCCAUCCUCGUCGACGUUCGACCUCUUGUCGUACCUGCGCGCCGAGGCGAGCGAGGCCGACGCGGCGGGCCUCAAGCGCAAGGCGCUCGGCGUCGCGUGGACCGGCCUUCAGGUCAUCGGCAACGGCGGCGAGAAGCUCUACAUCCCGACUUUCCUCGACGCCUGUCGCGACACCGUCCUGGCGCCCGCACGCCUGAUCGGCAAGCUGUGCGGGCGCGACAAGGCCGUGCCGAAGCACCUGCUCGAGAACUUUGACGGGUGCCUCAAGCCGGGCGAGAUGUGCCUCGUCCUCGGUCGACCAGGGUCUGGCUGCUCAACCUUCUUGAAGACGAUCGCGAAUCAGCGCUCGGGCUACCUGGCGGUCAACGGCGACGUCUCGUACGGCGGCAUCCCGUCGUCGCUCAUGGCCAAGCGCUACCGCGGCGAGGUCGUCUACAACGCCGAGGACGACGUGCACGCCGCGACGCUCACGGUCGCCCAGACGCUCGGGUUCGCGCUCAAGCUCAAGACGCCGGGCACGCUCCCGCCGGGCAAGACCAAGCGCGAGCUCGACAGCGAGGUCCUGAGCGUCGUCCUGCGCAUGCUCGGCAUCUCGCACACGCGCGACACAAAGGUCGGCUCGGCGUACGAGCGCGGCGUGUCGGGCGGCGAGCGCAAGCGCGUCUCGAUCGCCGAGAUGAUGGCGACGAGGGCGUGCGUGUGCUCGUGGGACAACUCGACCCGCGGCCUCGACGCCUCGACGGCGCUCGACUACGCCAAGGCGCUCCGAGUCCUCACCGACGUGCACCAGAUGGCGACGUUCGUCUCGCUGUACCAGGCCGGCGAGGGCAUCUACGACCAGUUCGACAAGGUGCUCGUCAUCGACGAGGGUCGCCAGGUCUUCUUCGGGCCGGCGCGAGAGGCGCGGCAGUACAUGAUGUCGCUCGGCUACGCCGACCUUCCUCGACAGACCUCGGCCGACUACCUCACCGGCUGCACCGACCCGAACGAGCGCAAGCUUGCCGACGGCCGCUCCGAGGCCAACGUUCCGUCGACGUCCGAGGCGCUCGAGGCCGCCUUCCACCGCUCCGACAUCCACCGCCGCAUGCUCGACGAGCGCGACGCCUACCUCGCCGAGACUGAGCGCGACGAGAAGGCGCGGCACGAGUUCGAGGAGGCGGUCAAGGGCGACAAGCGGCGCGGUGUGCGGCACAAGAGCGUGUACACGGCAUCGUUCGCGGCGCAGGUGUGGGCGCUGUCGGUCAGGCAGUUCCAGCUUCGCCUGCAAAACCGCGCCGACCUCAUCUUCCUCAACCUGUCGAGCAUCAUCAUCGCACUCAUCAUCGGCUCGACCUUCUACCAGCUCCCGCCAACAGCUGCGGGCGCGUUCAGGCGAGGAGGAGCCAUCUUCCUCGGCGUCAUCUUCAACGGCUUCCAAGCCUUCACCGAGCUCCCGUCGCAGAUGCAGGGUCGGCCUAUCGUGUGGAAGCACAAGUCGUGGGCGCUGUAUCGCCCCGCAGCGACGACGCUCGCCGCCACCCUCGCCGACCUCCCGAUCAACUGCCUCGCCAUCUUCUUCUUCACCGUCGUGCUCUACUGGAUGAUCGGCCUCGCCGCGACUGCCGGGGCCUUCUUCUCGUACUAUCUCAUCGUCCUCACGACCUUCCUUGCGACGAGCGCCUGGUUCCGCCUCUUCGGCACCUUGUGCCGCAACUACGACCAGGCCAACCGCUACGCGUCGGCCAUCGUCACGAUCUUCGAGCUCUACUCGGGCUACCUCAUCCCGAUCUUUGCGCAGAAGCGCUGGCUCUUCUGGCUGUCGUACCUGUCGCCGUUCCAGUGGGGCUACGCCGCCGCCCUCGCCAACGAGUUCAAGCGCCUGAGCCUCACGUGCGACGGCCAGUACGUCUUCCCGAAUUCGCUCGACGGCCUCCUGCCGCAGUACCCGUCCGCGCUCGGCCCGAACCAGGUCUGCACCCUCGCUGGCGCCACGCCCGGCACGGACGUCAUCGCCGGUACGGCCUACCUGUCGGCAGCGUACGGCUACCAGGUCAGCGACCAGUGGCGCAACUGGGGCAUCCUCGUCGCCUUCUUCAUCGGCAUCUCGGCCAUCCAGGCCGCCGCCGCCGAGAUCGUCCCCGACGGCAACUCGGCGCCGCGCAUCGACGUCUUUGCGCACGAGGACAAGGAGCGCAAGGAGCUCAACGAGCGCCUCCAGGCCAACAAGGAGCGGUACCGCAAGGGCGAGGUCGAACAGGACCUGUCGGGCUUGAUCCAGUCGCGCAAGGCGUUCACCUGGGAGGACUUGACCUACGACGUCCCUGUCGCAGGCGACAACCUCCAGCUCCUCAACCACGUCUACGGCUACGUCAAGCCAGGCGAGAUCACGGCGCUCAUGGGCGCCUCAGGAGCCGGCAAGACGACGCUUCUGGACGUGCUCGCCGACCGCAAGACGACCGGCCUGAUCGGCGGCUCGCGACUCGUCGCCGGCCGACCCUGCGGGCGCGAGUUCCAGCGCGGGACGGCCUACGUCGAGCAGCAGGACGUGCACGAGCAUACGGCGACGGUGCGCGAGGCGCUCCGCUUCUCGGCCUACCUGCGCCAGCCCGCCAACGUCAGCAAGGCCGACAAGGACGCCUACGUCGAGGAGGUCAUCCAGCUGCUCGAGCUCGAGGACAAGGCCGACGCUAUGAUCGGCGAGGUCGGUCAUGGUCUCGACGUCGAGGCGCGCAAGAGGGUCACGAUCGGCGUCGAGCUCGCCGCCAAGCCGCAGCUGCUCCUCUUCCUCGACGAGCCGACCUCGGGUCUCGACGGGCAGUCGGCGUACAACAUCAUCCGCUUCCUGCGCAAGCUCGCCGCUGCGGGCCUCACGAUCCUGUGCACGAUCCACCAGCCGAACGCGCUCCUGUUCGAGAACUUUGACCGCCUCCUGCUCCUCAAGCGCGGUGGCGCGACCGCCUACUUUGGCGACAUUGGCAAAGACUCGCACGUCCUGCGCGAGUACCUCGCCAAGAACGGCGCCAACUGCCCCGAGGACGCGAACCCUGCCGAGUUCAUGCUCGACGCUAUCGGCGCCGGGUCGAGCAAGCCGAUCGGCUCGAAGGACUGGGCCGACGUCUGGCUCGAGUCGGACGAGUUCGCCGAGGUCAAGCAGGAGAUCAACCGCAUCAAGGAGGAGAGCCUCGCGACGCCCGAGGUCCUCGACCCUUCUCUUCACCUCGAGUACGCGACGAGUUUCGUCCACCAGCUCAAGGUCGUCUCGCAACGCACCCUGCUCGCCUUCUACCGGUCCGUCGACUACACUUAUACGAAGUGGAUAAACCACUGCGCCCUCGCCCUCACGAUCGGCCUCACGUACCUCCAGCUCGGCAACUCGCAAGAGGACAUGCAGUACCGCCUCUUUGCACUCUUCUACCUCGUCACGCUCCCGGCCAUCCUCAUCGCCCAGGUCGAGCCGCUCUUCAUCCACAACCGCACGACCUUUGUCCGCGAGGCGAGCUCGAAGAUGUACUCGCCCGUCGUGUUCGGCAUCACGCAGCUCGUCGGCGAGAUGCCCUACUCGCUUCUCUGCGCCGUCACCUUCUUCCUCCUCUUCUACUACCCGAUCGGCUUCGACUCGGACUCGAACCGGGCCGGCUACCACUUUGCCUUCGUCCUCCUCCUCGAGAUCUACUCGGUCACGCUCGGUCAAGCCUUUGCGGCCCUGUCGCCGACCGAGUACAUCGCCGAGCAGAUGGUGCCCGGCGCGCUCCUCAUCUUUGUCACCUUCUGCGGCGUCACGGUCCGGUACGACGAGCUGCUCGGCUUCUGGCACUGGCUCUACUGGGUCAACCCGUUCACAUACGUCGUCGAGGGCACCAUGGCGAACGAGAUGCACGGCCGCAUCAUCGAGUGCACCCCUCGCGAGCUGCGCGUGUUCGAGCCGCCGACCGGGCAGACGUGCGCCGAGUGGGCGGGCGCCUUUAUCGAGGCGUCGACCGGGUACUUGACCAACCCGGACGCGACGGCCGCCUGCGAGUACUGCCAGUACGCCAACGGCGACGAGUUCGCGUCGACGUACGGCUGGAGCUUCUCGAACCGCGGUCGCGACAUCGGCAUCUUCCUCGUCUUUGUCCUCUUCAACUGCGCCGUCACGGUCGCGGCGUCCAAGUGGCUCAGGUACAGCAAGCGCUAGAUCUCGAGCACGGUGGCGCGCUUCGCUUCCUUCUAGAGCUCUCGUUCGUGUAGAUAAAGUCGUUACUGCAUCUCGCAACUCGUCGUUCCCCAUC